GUGCACUGUCCGCAGCGACAUCUUGCCCAUAGGUAGCUGGUAUACCCCGAGGAUUGUGUAUUGGACACCGGGACUGACAGAUGCCCCCCAAAAAGACCGCACAGGGAAAAAAGAGGCUGGAACCACCCUCAGAGGAUAAAGAGAAGGAAGAGGCGUCUCUGGGGAAGAGGAAACGACACCAAGACUCGAGCGCUGAGCCGGGGUCUAAGAGAUCCUGCCGGGAAAAAAAUGCUGCGCAGGAACCUGGAGACAAACAUACAAACAUUGUGCACUAUCUGUACCGGAGUACAGUGGGCGGAAACGUUCGGGCAAAGUGCCUGCAGACUCCAUUCUUAUGCUCCUUGGCCUCCUACAUCCUCUAUCGGACCAACAGCCCCUUUGACAGGAGAGUUACGACACUAGAGUGGCACCCGACUCACCAAAACACAGUGGCUGUGGGGUCUAAAGGAGGGGACAUCAUUCUAUGGGACUACGAGGACCUGAACAGCACACUCAUUCCUGGAAUUGGAGCUGGCGGCUGUAUUACAGGAAUGAAAUUCGACCCCUUCAACUCUAACCAGAUCUAUACAUCGUCAGUAGCGGGUAGCACCAUCCUCCAAGAUUUGAAUGGACGGACCGUACAGAUGUAUACAAACACUGAAGACUGGGCCAUGUGGUACUGCAGUCUGGAUGUAUCUGCCAGUCGUCAGAGCGUGGUAACCGGAGACAAUGUGGGCAAUGUGGUUCUCCUGGAGACUUGUGGGAAGGAGAUCUUCAAGAUGAGAUUACACAAGAAGAAAGUUACCCACGUGGAAUUUAACCCUCGGUGUGACUGGCUCCUGGCCACAGCCUCCGUGGAUCAAACCGUUAAGCUCUGGGACUUGAGAAGCAUCAAGGACAAGUCCAGCUGCUUGUACACACUGCCUCACACCCGCGGAGUCAACUCUGCAUACUUCAGUCCUUGGGAUGGAGCUAAACUUCUCACCACCGACCAGCACAGUGAAAUCCGCGUGUACUCCGCCAGCGAUUGGUCAAAGCCCCAGCGUAUUAUUCCACAUCCGCACCGGCAGUUCCAGCACCUGACGGCCAUAAAGGCCUCUUGGCAUCCCCGCUACGACCUGAUUGUUGCUGGACGAUAUCCAGAUCCUCAGUUCCCGGGAUACACGGCAGAUGAAUUGCGCACGGUGGACGUGUUUGAUGGGCAGACUGGAAAUAUAGUCUGCCAGCUGUAUGAUCCCUACGCAUCAGGGAUUGUCUCGCUCAAUAAGUUUAACCCAAUGGGAGAUCUUUUGGCAUCAGGAAUGGGCUUUAACAUCUUGAUCUGGAGUCGAGAGAUUCUAUUAAUGAUGAAGCAGGAGGAAAUGAUGAGGGCCUUACGGGCAAAGGGGAUUCAAGUGGGGAGAAAAGAAGAUCCAAAAAGCAAACCCACAAAUUCUCAAAAGGACAAAUCUGAGACGAAAAAAACUAGGACUGCUGUCAAAGAGUCGACCACCACACGAGGGAAAAACAAAGACAAAUGAGCGGCCAUCGAAGGCCUGGCCUAUGGGCAUGACACUCAGCUCUGGCUGCAGUAACCAAACUCCUAUAGUGCCUUAAUGCACUGACCUCAUCCAGCAGAGUAUAUGGUUACAUCGGGACAGGCAUGUUCUGAUUUGUGUUUUUCCGAAGGCUACAAAUUCCUGUUGCCCUUUCCCGACCUGCCUGUCGUAUGUAUGCAAAAAGAGAAAAAAC